AUGGCACCAAACCCUGAGUUCAUGCCACUUCACAACAUUUGCGAAUUCCUGAAUGCCCUCCACAUCUACACGGAAGAAGCUCGACAAGGGAAGACCAGGGCCAUUGAGGCGCAUCAUUUCUGCGCGCAUGUGCGUAAAGAUCUCCGCCAAUGCUUAAUCUACGAUUCCGGAGCCAAAGACGCACGUCUCAUUGGCGUCGAAUACAUGGUUCCUAAGCACGUAUACGAGAAGCUAGACGCCGAAGAGCAAAAGCUCUGGCAUUCUCACGAGUUCGAAGUCGAAUCCGGCAUGCUCGCGCUCCCCAAACCCGCGGCUGAACCACAGGAUGAAUGGGACCAGGCGGAGACGGAGGCAAUGAAGGAAGUUGCAGGUCUGUAUGGCAAGACGUGGCACUUUUGGCAGGUUGACCGUGGCGAUGUGCUCCCUUUGGGCUAUCCGACGUUGAUGGGCUCGCUCACGGCUCCUUCUCAGCUUCUGAAUUUGAGAGAAGCCCUCGCGACACGGAAUCGAGAUUGGCAAAUUGAUCAUGAGCAAAGAGCUUCCAUCAGACACGCGGCCAACGUCAAGGGUCCAGGAGUGCAUGAGAACGCGGACUCGUGGUGGAAGGAAGCUGAAGCUAAGUCGUUGGUGUGA